AUGGCACAAGUAACAAAAACAUUUUGGACACAAGCUGAAGCUUUGGAAUUUAUUACAGAAAAACAAAAAAAUAAUAAUGCAGAUGAUAUACUUUAUUUAUUCAGUUUUGAAUCACAACCAGAAGGAAAACGUCGUUAUCAAGUUGCUGAUAUUGAUGUCUUUAUUGAUGAAUAUUAUCAAUUACCACCUAAUCAACGUCAUACAUAUGAAAUUAUUAUUGAUAAAAAACCAUCGAAACUUUAUUUUGAUCUUGAAUAUGAUACUGCUGCUAAUCCAACUAUUGAUGGUCCUAGAUUAACUUCGAAUUUUAUUCAGUUUGUUCUCAAUUUUAUGCGAAAACGAAGUGAUGACUUGGAUUAUUCGAUUAAAGAUGUACUUGUUCUUGAUUCAACAUCAAGAAAAAAAUUUAGUCGUCAUUUAAUUUUUCAAACAAAAGAUCCAUUUCUUGAUAAUAUAGCAGUUGGUAAAUUUGUUAAUCUUAUCUUAGAAGAUAUUCAUGGUUGUUUAAUAAAUCAUCAAUGUUCAGCUGUUAUAAAUUCUCAAACACAACAAUCUCAACAUAGUCAAUCAUAUUUUGAUUCAACAGUUUUUGCUCGAAAUCUUCUUUCAACUCUUGAAUCACAUAUAUUACGUUUUGAACAUUGUAAUUGUAUUGAUGAUUAUUCACAACUUAAAUUUAAAGAUAUUAUUGAAUUUAUUGUUAAUAAAAAUGAUGGAAGUGGAGUUACAUGGUUUUGUGAUAUGGGUGUAUAUACAAAGAAUCGAGCAUUUCGAUUACUUCGAUCGAGUAAAUUUGAUAAACAAGAAUGUUUUAUUGUUGCACCAGAGAAUCAAUGGCAACCAAUUUUUCGACGUUCACAUCCACAUUCAUGUUCAAAAGAACCAACUGAAGCUGAACGUCAAACAUUUAUGGCUGCACUUGUUUAUUUUAAUAAACCUAUUCGACGUUUUAUUCAUGUUGAUGAUGAAAGUUUUAGCUCAGUUAAAUCUUCAAUACCACGUAGUCAACAACGUUCAAGUCAAUCUACUUAUAUCACAGAUGAUAUACAAAAAUUAUCAUUAGAUUAUCCUGAAUUAGUUCAAUUUAUGACAAAUAUAGCACGUGAUAAAAAACCUAAUGGAAUUGAGACUUGUAUGAGUCGAUUAUAUAAAACAAAAGAAGUUCAAAAUGAUUUUCGAUGGGAAAUUAGUUUUUUAUAUACUGGAGAUUAUAAAUAUUGUGAAAGAAUUAAACGUCAUCAUAAACAAAAUAAUAUCUAUUUUGUAGUUGAUAUGCGUAAAGGAACAUAUCGACAAAAAUGUCAUGAUUCUGAUUGUAAGACAUUCCAAGGAAUAGAAAGAAAAUUACCACUAAAUGUUACUCCUUGGUUAAUAAUGCUUGAUGAAGAAUGGGAAAAUGAAGAACCUUGUUCAAUGGAAAAGAUAUGCUAA